AUGGAGUUUCCUCAAAACUCCAGACAAGUCGCAGUGCCUCCCGAGCCUCACCCGAAAUAUCCUCUGGGCCAGCUUCCUGAUCCUCCCGAUGAAUACAUCUUUCUUGGGCGUCCUUAUGGCGUGAUCAUCAGAUCACGGGGUCAAUCACUCGCCGAGCUAAAAGUAUUUGCCAGAUAUUGGCUUUGGGGCUUCGAAUAUGGCGAAGAUAAACGGUUUACCAUUUUGGCAGCUCUUGGCAAGGUCAACUAUUGGAUGAGACCGGAAUACCAAUUCCACACCGAGGCUGAUAUGUGCGACGUCGAGCGAGACGGUGGGCCUCGACUCCUGCAAUAUACUAUUAUACCUACACCUUCACCAGUCAGCCGCCAUUAUCCUAAAUACCUGACGGAUGAUGAGAUGCUGCAGCUUGGAGCGCAAAAUUACAUCCGCCCAGCAGAUGCACCACAGCAUGUGCCAGACACUCUCAUGUUUCAAUUUCUAUUGCCAGCCCGCGUGUCUACAUCUCAAUUUGUGUCUCACUUGCUGCCCACUGGAGUAUUUACUGGAGUGACCAUCGAUCAGCGGCCGGAGAUGACCUCUGCAAUCAUGGAAAACCUACCGAACCGAACACAAAAUUCAUCAGUGCUAACUCAGGCAAGACACACAUAUCAGAGUGGUUUCAAUUUCAAUGCCGUCCGAGAAGCAAUUGAAAAGGCCCUGAUCAAGCUCUGCUACAAGGACCUAGAGAGGCACCACCAUGCACCCAGCAAAGAGCCGGUAGCCACAAGAGUCGCUUCUACACACGCUGACCUUAGCGUUGUGCAAGUUGGCACCCACACCACUGUUUCGGAGCUGCGAUUGGACCCGGACACGCAUCAAUUUAACGAGUCGGGAUUUCCAUAUCCAUAUCGGGGUCGUGGUCCCGUCUGGGCCGAUGGGUCGUGUGCUAUUGAUACCGCCAUCGUGCUGGGUAUGCUGACCAUGGCCGGCUGUACCAAUAUCGACCGACCUCCCGGCAAGGAAGAGACUUUCAACGAAAUCGAAAAGGCCUUUAUCCAAGUGACCAACAUGAACUGGGAUGCCUUUGACAACAAGGUGUCGAUCGAGCUUCGGCAUUCAUUCUACAAUCUGCUAUGUGACAAUGUUCCGGACAUCAAACGGGACAAGCCCGUCCCGAUCUGGGCGGCUUGGGCGGAAUCGACCAGAGCAUUUGGUCAAUUCCAAAUCGUCUAUACCGAGACACCGGCAGGUCCAUGCCCACAGUGUGGAUAUUCUGAAAAUCAUCAUGUUCAGCGGGUUGGGAAUUGCAUAAUUCCACCCGGGGAAGAUAGCGACAAAAAUGGUGUUCAGAUGUCAACCUUGAUUGAUCGGGCGUGGAGUACGGCGCCAGUUCACUACGGCUGUAUGAAUUGCAGCGCACCAGCGGGACCACUAAGAUUGAGGCAUGUCUCUCAACUCCCUCUUCGGUUAGUAGUCAACGUCAAUGGCCGUAACCGAACUCUCAAUCAUACUCAAGAUCAGAGACUGCAGUAUUUGGAUAUAGAUGGGAAUACACAGACGGCGCACUAUCGCUGGCUCGGCGGAGCUUAUUACAAGGAUAAUCAUGUUCGAGUCUACUGGACCGACGCGGAAAGGGGCGAGUUUGAUAUCGGCAAUAUCCGAAAAUACGACGGCGAAGAUGCCGGGGGAGUCAUUAUCGGUGGAAUUGCGCCGUACGCACCGGAUGACCGAGUUCCACUCGAUUGGGUUUCGGAUGGCUUGCCUCUGGCCAUCUACGAGCGCAUCAUCAACCCAACCCCGGACAUGUUACACGCCGCAACGCAGACCAUUUGCGAUAUUUCUGAUUGCGUCGGCCAAGACAAGCCCUUCCUCGCUCAGCACUUUCCCUGGUUCCCAAAGUCCAUGGAGCGCAAGUCGCCUUACCUCCCCUUGGAGCGUGUCUUGCCGGACACUGGAGAGCGGUACUACGAGAAGAACCUCGUCUUGAGUUCUGACACCUUGCCAGACAUAACCCUCGACUUGAACAACACCAUUGCCGACCAACUCGCCGAAUGGACCAUGCAAACAGCACCGCAUGAUCCCAUGCAAACGGCACCGGAUGACCCCAUGCAAGAUCCGGACCCUAACUUGAUCGGAAUCGACCCGGGUCUGCUCGAGCGAAUCGCUAGUGGCGAGACCUUGUUCAACUCGUACAACUCAGACCCCACCACUCUCAUGAAUCAUCCGGAAAUGUGGCCCGCGGGUGGAAUGCCUGGAGUUGGUGGCGCAACGACUUUCCCCAAUCUGCCCAAGACCCCGACCGGACCUGGCGGUGGGAGUCGCAGCCCGUACUGGAAUUGGGUAAACUUGUCUCCCGGCAAGCAGUUCGGAGCCAAUGGUAAAGCUGACGAUGGGGAGGAGAUGGUGACGGUUGUGAAGAUCCGUCAUGACUGUCGCGUGGGUCCGUCACCGUACCGGCUGUACCGGAUUCCCGUCAAGUCUAUCAAGGCUGCGAUGCGGCGGAUGAGUCUGAAGCAGAUUGAGAGUCAGAGUCCGGAGAAACAGAAGAAGGAGAAGGAGAAGAAGAAGAAGCAACCGCGAGUGGAAGAACUCAAGGACGAGGAACCUCGGACAGCAAAGAGGACGAAACGGAAUGGUGUGAAAUGA